AGGGCCAGGGAGCAAACGCAACACCACCAACAACAAAGAACGCGAAUGAAACCAAAAGCAAAUCAGAGCACAAAAGCUUUUCCUCUGUCUUCAGGCUAGGUCUCACUCUUUCCGAUUAUUGUCAACUUCCCCCCAUUCCCACCUCUUCUUUUGUUUCCUUUUGCUUCCGAAAGCAACAGAUCACAUGCUUCACAACAUCUUCCACUAGUUUCACCCUAAGACAGAAGAUAGAGAAGAAGGGAAAGAUAUCCCAUUUUCGGGAGUGUAAUGCCUUUGAUUUGUGCUAUGUUUUUUUGUUUCUUUUCGUGAAACCUUAGGAAAAUGUUUCAGGGGUAGCAGAGGAAUAUUUGGGGACCAUGAAAAUUGGUCAAACUGUGUCGUUUUGGCUGGUUUCGAGGCCGUAAAAAGGGUGAAAUCGGCAAGAAUAUUUGGUUUCAGAGCAAGUUUGGAUCUUCUGGGAAAACCUCUAUUUUGGGCUUGUUUUUUUUUCUUUUUUCUUUUUUUUUUUUACAGUUUCCGAGUUGGUAACUUGGUGGUUGGGACUCGUUCUGAGGAUUAGCUGAGUUGGAUCUUGGUCGAGUUGUUGGAUGGGUGAAAGAGCUUAGCUUUAAAUCACGGGGAAACAUCUGGUGCGAAACGUUUCGUGGUGUUUUUGUUUUCGGUAUUUUGUGAAACACUUCUUACUCAGGUGCUUCGAAUGUUUUCGCGAUAAUUCGUUAGGUUCAAGCUCUGAUCUCGAAAGAUUUAUGUUUUCUUGUGUUUGGGGCUGUCUCUUAUUGAGAAAACACGGGUUGCUGCGUUCUAGUUAAGGAUAUAUAUUGGUGUCCCUUUGACGAUUUAUCUUAUCAUUUCGUUUUUCAAUCUCAGUAUUGCAGACAGAUUGUAUUACUUCAAGACGUGGACACAAAAUUAGAAAAUGCAUAACUUCUCAUGAGACUUCCGUCUGUCUCUCUUAUUGCCCUGGAGCUCUGGCAAGUGCUUGGAGUUGUCAUUAAGGAAGAUAAGCCACUUGGCUCUGUUUAGCUUUUUGUGGGUCACUUGAGUUUGAAGUUAGAUUUCCAUUUGUGGCUAAUUUUGCUGCUUUGAAGCUCUAGGAAGUGCUCGAGAUAAUCGAUAAGGAAGUGAAUUUACUUGGGAUUUCUUUCUUUUUUUGUUGGGUACUUAUAGCUGAAGUGCGAGUUAAAUUUGUGGUUGCUGUUGUUGGUUUGAAUCUCUUUGAAGUGUUGGAGAUUGUGCUUAGGGAGGAGCUAAUUGGUUUUGGUUCAGUUUUUUAUCAAUAAGUUUCGUUUAUCUGAUUGGAGAUGGCAAUGUCCUGCAAGGAUGGUAAACCAGGGAUAGACAACGGCAAGUAUGUCCGGUACACACCUGAGCAGGUUGAAGCACUCGAGAGGCUCUAUCACGACUGCCCGAAGCCAAGUUCGAUUCGCCGCCAGCAGCUUAUCCGCGAGUGUCCAAUUCUCUCGAAUAUCGAGCCCAAACAGAUCAAGGUCUGGUUCCAGAACAGAAGAUGCAGAGAGAAGCAGAGGAAAGAGGCUUCGCGGCUUCAAGCUGUGAAUAGGAAGCUGACGGCCAUGAACAAACUUUUGAUGGAGGAAAAUGAUAGGUUGCAGAAGCAGGUCUCACAUCUGGUGUAUGAGAAUGGUUACUUCCGCCAACAUACCCAGAAUACGACGCUUGCAACCAAAGACACAAGUUGUGAAUCGGUGGUGACGAGUGGUCAACACCAUUUGACACCUCAGCAUCCGCCGAGGGAUGCUAGUCCUGCAGGGCUUUUGUCCAUUGCAGAAGAGACUUUAGCAGAGUUUCUUUCAAAGGCCACUGGAACUGCUGUGGAGUGGGUCCAAAUGCCUGGAAUGAAGCCUGGUCCGGAUUCCAUUGGAAUCGUUGCUAUUUCUCAUGGUUGCACUGGAGUGGCAGCACGAGCCUGCGGCCUAGUGGGUCUAGAACCUACAAGGGUUGCAGAAAUCCUCAAGGAUCGGCCUUCGUGGUUCCGCGAUUGCCGAGCUGUGGAUGUUCUGAAUGUGCUGCCCACAGCAAAUGGUGGAACCAUCGAGCUGCUUUACAUGCAGCUCUAUGCGCCAACUACAUUGGCGCCUGCUCGUGAUUUCUGGUUGCUACGUUAUACUUCUGUUUUAGAAGAUGGCAGCCUUGUGGUCUGUGAGAGGUCACUUAAAAAUACCCAAAAUGGUCCAAGCAUGCCGCCUGUGCAGCAUUUUGUGAGAGCAGAAAUGCUGCCUAGCGGGUAUCUCAUACGACCUUGUGAGGGUGGUGGUUCAAUCAUACACGUUGUUGAUCAUAUCGAUUUGGAGCCAUGGAGUGUACCAGAAGUAUUACGCCCACUGUAUGAAUCCUCAACUGUGCUUGCACAAAAGACGACUAUGGCGGCUCUACGCCAGCUGAGGCAGAUAGCUCAUGAGGUUUCUCGGUCUAACGUUACAGGCUGGGGCAGGCGACCUGCAGCUCUCAGAGCACUUAGCCAGAGGCUGAGCAGGGGUUUUAAUGAGGCACUUAAUGGGUUUACUGAUGAGGGGUGGUCGAUGAUGGGAAAUGAUGGCAUGGAUGAUGUUACUAUUCUUGUGAACUCAUCUCCUGAGAAGCUGAUGGGUUUAAAUCUUCCUUUUGCUAAUGGUUUUCCAGCUGUCAGUAAUGCUGUCUUGUGUGCUAAAGCAUCAAUGCUAUUGCAGAAUGUCCCUCCUGCGAUUCUUCUUAGAUUCCUGCGAGAGCACAGAUCUGAAUGGGCAGACAACAAUAUUGAUGCUUAUUCGGCUGCAGCUAUUAAAAUUGGUCCCUGUGGCUUACCAGGUUCUCGAGUUGGAGGCUUUGGGGGCCAAGUUAUACUUCCACUGGCUCACACCAUGGAGCAUGAAGAGUUCUUGGAAGUCAUCAAGUUGGAAGGUGUAGGCCCUACUCCUGAAGACGCCAUAAUGCCUAGAGAGAUGUUUCUAUUGCAACUUUGUAGUGGAAUGGAUGAGAAUGCUGUUGGAACCUGUGCGGAGCUGAUCUUUGCUCCAAUUGAUGCUUCUUUUGCUGACGAUGCACCUCUUCUGCCUUCUGGUUUUCGCAUCAUCCCUCUUGAUUCUGGGAAGGAAGCCUCUAGUCCAAACCGCACACUGGACCUUGCCUCUGCUCUUGAAAUUGGGCAAGCUGGUAAUAGAGCGUCUACCGAUUACUCUGCUAAUUCUGGCUCCGUGAGAUCUGUGAUGACAAUAGCAUUUGAAUUUGCAUUUGAGAGCCACAUGCAAGACCAUGUAGCAUCCAUGGCUCGUCAAUACGUCCGCAGCAUUAUAUCAUCAGUUCAGAGGGUGGCAUUAGCACUCUCUCCCUCUCAUUUGAGUUCACAGGCAGGCCUUCGGCCACCAUUGGGUACUCCUGAAGCUCAGACCCUUGCUCGUUGGAUCUGCCAGAGUUACAGGUGCUAUAUGGGUGUGGAGCUACUCAAAUCUGGCAAUGAAGGGAGUGAAUCCAUCCUCAAAACCCUGUGGCAUCACUCAGAUGCUAUAAUGUGCUGCUCUUUGAAGGCAUUGCCCCUUUUUACGUUUGCGAACCAGGCAGGGCUUGACAUGCUUGAGACCACCUUGGUUGCACUGCAAGACAUAACUCUGGAAAAGAUAUUCGAUGAUCAUGGUCGAAAAAUGCUCUGCUCAGAGUUCCCACAGAUAAUGCAACAGGGCUUUGCAUGUCUACAGGGUGGUAUCUGUCUCUCAAGCAUGGGCCGACCUGCCUCCUAUGAGAGAGCAGUGGCUUGGAAGGUGCUGAAUGAAGAAGAGAAUGCUCAUUGCAUCUGCUUUAUGUUUGUGAAUUGGUCUUUUGUAUGACAUUAACAUAUCGGAGGCCAGAUCAAAUGAACUAUGGAAUUUCCAAAAUCUUUAUGUUCUAUUGGCUUGUUAGUCUUUUUGCUAAAAAACCUUGUCACUGAUCAAGACUGGGUGUGAUUCCCCGCUUUAGUUUGUACCCUGAAAGUGAUGCAUGUUCCUUUGUA